AUGCAUUCUCACCUGCACACCCCGUAUAACGUCAACUGUGAGGAGAUCAUGACCGCCCUCGACGAGUGCCAUGCCCGCGGAUUCAUUUACAAAGCCCUCGGAAACUGCAACGAUAUCAAACGCGAAGUGAACAAGUGCCUGUCUGUGGAGCGGUACGACCGGGCGAAGCAGAACCGGGACAACGCGCGCAGCAACCGGCGGCGCAUUGAGGAUAUCUGGGCGCGAGAGCGGACCGUGGAUCAGACUACUCAGAGUGCCAGCGCAGGGGACUCCAACUCUUCGAAGCAUUGA